AGAACAGUGACAGCGCCGCGGCAGCCGACCCCGCCUCCUGGGCGGACAGCGAUGCCCUGCGGGCUGCGGCCGAGUCACCGCCGAGCGCUGGCCGGGCCGCGGACCGACCGACAGAAGCACCGAUCGGCCAACUGUCCACUGCGCAGAAGGAGCAGCCGCCGCGUGCCCCACCGCGCCGCGCUGAGGCCAAGUCCGCAGAGCCGCGAGGAAGCCGAGGGCUGCGCGGGGAACCGUGCAGGUGUCACUUGGGACGCGGAAGUGCGCUUGCCGUGGUUUGCUUUACAAUACGCUUGAGACUCCCCGACAAGGGUAAUUUGGUCGAGUUCGACGGGCAAGUCCCCUCCCCACCCCAGCGCCGGCCGCGCAGCCCGAGGUUACUGUCCCCGGCGCGUCCUCCGUUGCCCCAGUCCAGAGGCUGCCCUUGAACCCGGGCGCGCGCGAGCGCAGGGCAUUCGAGGCGACAGCCCCGGGCACGGCCCGACGUGAGCCCAGCCUGGCAGGAAGACUGUAAUCGUGGGAAUACAGCUACCUACCCAGGCAAUAUGAAGAUUUUAUUUGUAGAACCUGCCAUUUUCCUUAGUGCAUUUGCUAUGACUUUGACCAGUCCGCUGACAACGCAAUAUGUUUAUCGGAGAAUAUGGGAAGAAACUGGCAACUACACGUUUUCAUCUGAUAGCAAUAUUUCUGAGUGUGAAAAAAACAAAAGCAGUCCAAUUUUUGCAUUCCAGGAGGAAGUUCAGAAAAAAGUGUCACGUUUUAAUCUGCAGAUGGACAUAAGUGGAUUAAUUCCUGGUCUGGUGUCUACAUUCAUACUUCUGUCUAUUAGUGAUCACUACGGGCGAAAAUUCCCUAUGAUUUUGUCUUCCGUUGGUGUUCUUGCAACCAGUGUUUGGCUCUGUUUGCUUUGCUAUUUUGCCUUUCCAUUCCAGCUUUUGAUUGCAUCUACCUUCGUUGGUGCAUUUUGUGGCAAUUAUACCACAUUUUGGGGAGCCUGCUUUGCUUAUAUAGUUGAUCAGUGUAAAGAACACAAACAAAAAACAAUUCGAAUAGCUAUCAUUGACUUUCUAGUUGGACUUGUUACUGGACUAACAGGACUGUUAUCUGGCUAUUUUAUUAGAGGGCUAGGUUUUGGGUGGUCGUUUCUAAUUAUUGCUGUUUCUCUUGCUGUUAAUUUGAUCUAUAUUUUAUUUUUUCUUGGUGAUCCAGUGAAAGAGUUUUCAUCUCAGAAUGUUACUAUGUCAUGUAGUGAAGGCUUCAAAAACCUAUUUUACCGAACUUACAUGCUUUUUAAAAAUGCUUCCAGUAAGAGACGAUUUUUACUCUGUUUGUUACUUUUUACAAUGAUCACUUAUUUUUUUGUGGUAAUUGGCAUUGGCCCAAUUUUUAUCCUUUAUGAAUUGGAUUCCCCACUCUGCUGGAAUGAAGUUUUCAUAGGUUAUGGAUCAGCUUUGAAUAGUGCCUCUUUUUUGACUAGUUUCCUAGGAAUAUGGCUUUUUUCUUAUUGUAUGGAAGAUAUUCAUAUGGCCUUCAUUGGGAUUUUUACCACGAUGACAGGAAUGGCUAUGACCGCGUUCGCCAAGACAACACUGAUGAUGUUUUUAGCCAGGGCGCCGUUCCUUUUCGCUGUUGUGCCAUUCUCUGUUCUCCGGUCCAUGUUGUCAAAAGUGGUUCAUUCGACUGAACAAGGUACCCUGUUUGCUUGUAUUGCUUUCUUAGAAACACUUGGAGGAGUCACUGCAGUUUCUACUUUUAAUGGCAUUUACUCAGUCACUGUUGCUUGGUACCCUGGCUUCACUUUCCUGCUGUCUGCUGGUCUGUUACUACUUCCAGCCAUCAGUCUAUGUGUUGUCAAGUGUAUCAGCUGGAAUGAGGGAAGCUAUGAACUUCUUAUACAGGAAGAAUCCAGUGAAGACAAUAGAAGUUAAUUCAAUAGAAGUUAAUUCAAUCCAGUUAAUUCAAUAGAAGAAUCCAGUGAAGAAUGCUUCAGACAGAUGACUGUGAUUUAAACAGAAAAAAAAUCUAUGAAUGCACAUAUCACAUACUGUGACUUCUGAAGACUGUAAAUGAAUUCCACAAUCAGUGCUUCACUGAGAACCCAUUUGAUGUAUCUUUUCUCCUAAACUGGACAGUCAGAGAGACAGCUCCUGGCUUUAGCUUCUUGCGGUACCACACACUUUGAGCACUUUGUGCGUAUCGUGCAAUAUACUUGGAAUACACAGAACAAAUCUCAAAUACGCCUCACUUUUGGACACAGAAGAGAAACAUUAAAACUUAAGGGUGUAAGGCGGGAUCAAGAAACUUGAUAAGGUCAAAAGCAAUAAUCUCCCUGACAUAUUCCAGGCUCUUACACUGAGACCAAAGAGAAAUCUUUACCUUAGUUUCUUCAUCAGCAGAAUGGGUUUCUGGCCUCUCUCAGGGAUUUUUGAAGGCAUAAUGAAAAUUAUGAUGUAUCACUCAUUGGUAGGAAAAUAAUGAUGUAAGUUUCAAAUAUGUGUAAUUUUACCUAUACUUGGUAAUGCUUGGUUUGAUAGAGCCUGUUAAGCUGCUAUUGAUAGUCAGAGCUUAUAUACUGUGACUUCUGAAGACUGUACAUGAAUUCCACAAUCAGUGCUUCACUGAUACAAAAUCCUUAAAAGGGAGGCACUUUAAAGAAUAUGUAUUUUUCACUUUUCUUAGUAUGUUUCAUCAGUGACAGGCAUGAUAAUGUUUCUAAUGUAAUGGGUAAUUGGGAAAAAUAGAUUAGAAAUAAAAUUGCUCUAAAGAAGUUAAAAAACUGAAUGAACAGCUAAUAGUGGUAUAAAGUAAAUAACGUUUGGAGCCAACAUGUUGUCCCUUGUGUUAGUAAAAGGAUAUUCACAUUCCAUGAUCCCUGGCUGAGAGUUCUACCUCUAGUCUUUCUUACCCAGCUGUUGUCUAUCCUUGUUCAAUUAGAAAUACUGAUAAGAGAAUUUUUAGAAUACAGAUCUUGUACUCCUUAAAUUUGAAUCCGUCAGCAUUGUCACUCAUAGGAAAAUGAUCAAACAAGCAAGCCAGUCAUGAUUUGACCCCUUUCCAUCUCAUUUCUGACUGCCUUACACUCAUCCUGAGGUCCACCUUGGUCUCUCAAAACACCAUGUGUUCUCAUGCCCCCAUGUCUUUUCACACACUGUUCCAUUUGCUCUUCCUCCCACAUUACACUGAAACUUUCAAGCCUCAGCCAAAACAUUGCUUCUUCUGCAUAGCAGCCUUCUUGACAUCCCUUCUUACUCCCCAGUCCCUACAGGGCUUCCAUAGCUCUUUGUGAGUACUUCAAUCCCAGCAUUUUCCAUCAACUUGUAAUUGUUUCUGCUACCUGACAAUCAUCGCCUUGAGUACUGGGACAACCUUUGAUUACUCAUAUUCUCAAUAAAUGUUUGUUGAACUAAA